AUGCUGACCACCGAUACAAGUUGCUUCCCUUUUGCGAUCGCAGUUCACCUGGACCACUAUCGAUCCGAAUCCGACUUCCGCCGGCUCUACGACGAAAAGUACGCCAUCCUCUUCCACAAAGCCGCGCGCUUCCUCUCCGCCACCUCCGCCACCGCCGAAUCCACGCUCGUCCUCAUCUCGGCUGGCUUUGAUGCCUGCGCCUACGAGUACCCCGGCAUGCAACGCCACGGCAAGCACGUCCCACCCUCGUUCUACCACACGUUUGCGCGCGAUGCGGUGCGCUUUGCGGAAUCGCACGCGGGCGGCAAACUCGUAUCGGUGUUGGAGGGAGGAUACAGCGAUCGUGCGUUGUGCUCGGCUGCGUUGGCACAUGUGACCGGGUUGGCGACGAGCGAUGGUGCCGCUUCAGCGUCGACGACGGGUGCGGCGGGAGGGGAGGGCGAGGCUGAGUACUGGAAGUUGGAGAAUCUGAUCGCGGUGGAAAAGGUGGCCAAGAAGAUGGCGGCACACGCCGCGGCUGCCGAGUCGGGUGGAGUGGGGAGUACGAACACGACGCCGAAGAGGAGACAGGCGGAGCUGGUACCGUGGUUGGCGUUGACGUCCAAGGUUUUCGCUGCGUUUGAACAGGCGUGUGGCAAGAGCAAUGUUGUUGCUCUGGGUGCCACUGCUACGCCUCUGCGCGGUGCAGCGGCUGCAGCGUCCGCUAGAGCAGGCGGCGCCGCAAGCGCCAUCAACAGUCCCGCCAACUUGGCCGCUGGAAGAGUCCUUCGUGACAGAGCACCGUUGAAGACCCGACAGGGUGCGUUUGACAGUGCCACGUCGACGCCGCAAGCGAGACGCGCUGCGAGCCCCACCAAGACUCCGACGAGGACAGCGGGCAGGAGGGAUUCGCCCUCCAAGGCGAGGACGACAGGAAAUCCGUUCGUCACGCCCGCGAAGAGCGAGUCGCGUCCGGAGGAUGGGGAUGUUUCGAUGGCGGUGGAUGGUGAGACGCCGACGAGGGGUGCGGCCGGAGAGGAGGUGUCGACGCCACCGCUGCCAGAACCGCCACAAGCCGAGAGCAAACAUGUCGUCGUCGAUACAAACCCGAUCGUCCCAAACGUCCCACCUCUGGCCCCCGAUGCCGUCCCCACCACCCCGUUGCCACCACCGUCCGUCCCCACAACCACCAACAGCAUCACCUCCCCAAAACCCGGCACUACCUUCACCACCUCGGCAUUCAUCCCGACCUCAUCGCCCGCCUUCUCCCCCGUCCCCCUCACCCUCGUCGACGCCAUGUCUCCACCCUCCCGACGCAUCGUCGACGUCAACACCGACGCCAUCGUCACCAGCGACGUCGAUCCUCUUGGGCUGGAGUUCUUGCGCAAACAGUCGUUCCAGUUCGCCAAUGGUAGCCCGGCGGUGGCGGCGGUCAAGAAGGAGUUUGAUGAGGGCGAAGAGGAUGCGCCUGGAUCGCCGGAUCUGGGGAUUGUGGGAGGGGGAAAGGAGAGCUACGAGGGGUAUUUCCCGGUUAUGCCCGGUGGGCUGGGUGAUGCAGAUAAUGCGAGUUUGACGCGGGGUGAGCUGUCGGGUGAUCAGCAGCAAGGGGUAGCGCAGAAGGAUGGGUCCAGCACGAGUGUGGGCUCGUCCCUCUAUCCACACUUGCCAAAAUCAUUCCCUCACACUCACACUCAACCGUCUCAGCAGUGA